CACGCUUUUCCUGCCGUGCAAGUUCAAAGUUGACGAUGAACCAACCUCGCUACAGUGUCCUCAGCCUAUUCGAUCCCCUCACGACGACGCCAACAAAGGACAAAACUGACUCUGACAGAGAUGUUUCCACACCAGACUCGGCAUCAGGAUCAGACAAGGAGAACGCUGUACCCCACUACAGUGGGCCAUGUAAUAACAAGCACGGCGACUCGGACGAGCUGACCAUGACUACGUUCUUUAACAGAACUUAUAAAACCCAGCAUUCCCACAUUCCCACAGCUCCACUCAGAAAACGUCUCAUCGACGUUGGGGAUGCGACCGUGACGAUGGAGGAUGCCUCCGAGAUGCUAUCAGCCCUUGCGAUAUCAGAGGAUUCUGCACGCGACGCAAGAGAGGGACCGUCUUCCGAUGGGGGUGACUUAUUUCAUGGCGAUGCCACACAUCAUCCAGAGACGGAGGAAGUACAGACACCAAGACCCCCUCGUUUCCCAAGCCAAGUCCGCCCCCCUUUGGUAGACAUUUCCGUCGACGUAACUCCUGUUUCACGCAGGAAGAACCACGGCCCCGCGUCCGACCAUUGCUCUCCUCCGAAUACCGUUGUUCGUGCGCCAAAUUUCCGCCCUCCCACAAACAUCAGUCCAUUCCCCUUUGAAGAGUUCUCCACUACGGCUGUAGCUGAACCGCCGUCGGGGGAGGACGGUGUUGUAAUAUUCGUCUCGGAGUUUACGCAGAGCAAUCAGACAUCGAAUUUAGUUGCAGCCUACCCCCUCCUCACUGAGACGCAUUUAUCCGAAACGGCGUUGCCGUCUUCUCCUUCUUCUGUUCCCGAACCCCUUCCUGAAGCAAAUGCUGCGGACGUCACGGAGGAUCCUGCCUUCCUUUCGGUAGGACCUCAGCCCCGGCCCCGUUCCAAGACUACUUCGAACCAAGGCCCGGACCCCGUUCGAUAUUCGAUUGACCUCCAGUCCUCAUUCAACUGGCAACUCCAAUGUCCUGAUGCAUCUUUCGACCUUCUGAACGACCGUAUUUCCUUCUUUGGCGGCGACUCAUUCACGUUGAGUACGGACGGUGAUGAAUUCGACGCGGGUGCGGGGGAAGAAAUGAGGGAAGUACUAGCCAAAAGACAGAGGGAGAAAGCGGAGAAGGAGAAAAGGCGAGACAGCUCGUCGAGUGACGUGAAGCUCGAUGUGGCGCCGGCGGAUUAUGAACCAGACUCUCCUCUUGUUACCUUGUGUGGGAAGGCCGUAAUACCAGUGCCCCCGUCCCCUCUGCACGAUUCGAUGCCGGCAACAACAAGCACAACUCAAAGACAAGGUCCGCUAGUUAACACUGUGCCAUCACCAUCCGUCCAUCCCAGCUCUAAGUCAAGACGAGGAAGCCUCGUACCCUUAAUCAAGGACCCGAGGGCUAGCGCUUUACGGAAAAAUGAGCCCAUUUGCGAACCGGAAGCUUCCGAAGCAUCACCUGGACCCCUGAUGGAACGAGUCAGAUCUCUUCAAAUGCCCGAUGAAAUUACUACGUCACACCCGAAAACUAUCACACCCCCAAAGGAUUCGUCGCACCCAUCUAAGUUCGUCGCACCUGCGCCUGUCCAGGCGCUCCGAAUCGUCAAGCGGCCGAAGGCCCAGUCGCAGUCAGACAGUCGCCCGACGUCAGUUGCUUCUGAUUCUAGUGGGACGAGCAACGAAUCAGCUGCCGGGGAACGACGACCAUCUCGGGAACCUGAUUCUGAUCCUGCAAGGGCGUUCCGUCCGCUGUCUCUCCACCGUCCAGUUCUUAAAGGUGUCUUGCGCCCACCCCCAGGGCACUUCCCCCCACCUGGGCAACUGUCGGGUACCAAGCCAAUUUGUAGCAUGACAAGUAGCGCCGAGGAUGGGAGAAGAGUCAGCAUAAGGAGUAAAUUAACAGGCGCGCUGGGCUUGAGAGGGAAGGCUGUGGUUCCCCCUGUAGAUAUCGAGGUCGUGACCGCCGUUGCUUCGACGGUGGUUAAGUCACACCCACAGAAAGCUGGUGCUGUUCCUGCUACAUCCAGUGCCACGUCGAGCAAGGCGCCCAAUAAUUCACAAGCAAAGGUGUCCUUAGUGACCGCUGGAGGGCUUGGUGCUGCCAGAGCCCUUCCUGCCCCUUCGCGCUUCGCAACUGUUUCCUCCGGGGGCGUGUCUGUCACUUCAUUGGGUAAUACCGUUGGUAAGAAUGGUGUAUCUGGUCUUCCCCGCCCGGUGCCAGGCUCGAGGCUUCCUAUGCCGGGAUUUGGGAUGAACAAAUCAAAAUCAACAAUGUCCGGAACGACAACUAUUGGUAGGUCUGGAACCAUACGUCGAUGAAUGAACGCCUUCACGGAGUCGAUGAGAUCUUUCUUUGGGCGGAAAUCCAGCGCAAUGCAACGAAAUGCUUUUGACAUGCUCUACAUUUCACGACACGCCACAUAUACCUAGCAUAUGCAUAUCACUACCUCGCUCUCCUGCAUUUGUUGUCCUCGUCAAUGAUUACCGCUUUGUUUAUCCACCUACACCAUCGGUUUUCCGCUACUUCAUGAUAGGAAUGAUUUUACUUACAUAGCUCUGUACCACGACUGUGCAAGUGCCAUCCUCAUUUAGAAAGUCGAAGUGGCUGCUCCAA